GAGACAAUAAUCAAUUUCAAGUCCGCCUUCGAGUUCCCUCCCAACGCAGAACGCCCUGCCUCUCUCGCUUCGUUCAUCUUUACACACCUUCUGCCCCUCGCAAAAACCCUCAAUUCCCAAUCCGUAGAUUCUUCCUAUCAAUUAUUUCCGCCUGAAUUUCUCCAACUUUUUCGAGCGGAUCGAGUCGUCUCACUGGAUCUAGCCGUGUCUCCAAAUUUUUAGCUUCCUCCACUUCAUGGGCAGCGGCUGAGCUCGGAGUCGGGCCCAUAUUCCGUCGUUCCUGUUUGUUCGUCGCCGGUGUUCUUGCUGAAUCCGGUCGAAUUUUGAGUUGGGUCUGUCGCGAAGUUGAUUUCCUUUCCUGGGUUGGAGUGGGUGAACGUUGAUUUGGGUGGCCGGAACUUCGAUGGAGUAUGAACCGUCGGAUAGCAGUGGAACAGAUGAUGACCUUCCUCCUCCUCAUCAAAAUAGAUUUCAACGAGGUGGGCUUCCUGCUGGGAACGGAAGAUCUGCUGCGGUCAAUUCUUCUACAUUACCUAGGAUGCUCGGUGAUAUGGAAAUGCAGAUCCACCACAUUGAGCAGGAAGCAUAUAGUUCAGUCCUCCGUGCUUUUAAAGCUCAAUCAGAUGCGAUUACAUGGGAAAAGGAAAGUUUAAUAACAGAAUUAAGAAAGGAGUUGAGAGUAUCAGAUGAAGAACACAGAAAACUUUUAUCCAGGGUAAAUGCAGACGAUGUCAUCAAAAGGAUAAGGGAAUGGAGAACAGCAAAUGGGGUUCAACCCGGAAAGCUGAAUACUGAUCAACUGAUGGCUGAUCCCACACCCAGCCCUACUGCAUCUGCAUCACGGAAGAAACAGAAAACGUCCCAGGCUUCUUUGUCCCAAGGUGGACCUACUCCUGCAGUACCUCCUGGUACGCAACCAUCUUCAUCAGCCAUGAGACGCGGUCCUCCCCCUGGAGCUAGGAAUAUAAAGACGAAAUCAUCCAUGCAUACAGGUCUUACGGGAAGUGGCCAAGGGAAUAAUCGAGGUUCUUUAGGGGCCUUUGUUUCACAUGAACCUGCUGAAGGAGCAACCCAUCAACCGGUAAUUGGACGGAAAGUUUGGACUAGGUGGCCCGAAGACAACAGCUUCUAUGAGGCUGUUAUAACUGAUUAUAACCAUGCUGAGGGCCGUCAUGCUUUGGUCUAUGAUAUCAAUACGGCAAACGAGACGUGGGAAUGGGUCAACCUUAAAGAGAUACCUCCUGAAGAUAUUAGGUGGGAACGUGGCGAUUUACCUCGCAGUGGCGCUCGACCUGGACACGGGAGGGGCAAUAAGAAGUCCAUGACACGGGGUGGUGCAGUUGCAGCUGGUGGAAGGGGUCGGGGGACCACAAAGGGCCAAUCCAGGAAAGACUUACCUGUCUCUCAAAAUGGUUCUAGGAAGCAGGCUACGGGCGAUAUUGAAAUACUUCACACCGACACGCUGAUUAAGGAGGUGGAAAAAGUAUUUGGUGCCAAUCAUCCCGACCCGAUGGAGAUCGAAAAGGCUAAGAAAGUGCUGAAAGAGCACGAACAAUCCCUCGUCGACGCGAUCGCAAGGCUUGAAGAUGCAUCCGAUGGUGAAAGUGCAGAUGGGAGAGAACCAUAUUCUCAAGGGCAAUCAAUGGUUCGUGUAUGAUGAUGAUGUAAAGUGGCUGAAGCUCCAAAAUGGCAAAAAUUCUACAACUUGCAGACUUGCUAUGGAAAAAUUUCUGCAGUGUGCUCAGCUCCGUUAUGGCGUUUUCGAGCAUUUUUGAACUCUUGUGAUCAACUGUGCAGUUAAUGAAGUCAUGGCUUCUGUUUAUUGAUUGUACUAAGAAUUCUUGUUUUAUUUUGGUAUCUAGCUUUAACUCAGUAGAAAUGUUCUUCCUGUAAAACUCUAUUCCAGAGUCAAUAGAAUCUCAUUUAGAUGCUUA